GGUGGGAGGGGGUGGCUGGACCUCCCGGGGGUCGCCUGGGGUCGAGCAGCUGGCCCGAGCAGGACAAGAUGUGAGGCUCGGACUGAGCUUUUUCUCUCGGCCACGGCCCCCAGAUCCAGCACCCCUUCUCACCUGGAGCCUGAGGACCAGUCCGCAGCCCCUUGUCCGCCCUACAACCCCCAUGGGCUGCCGCCAGCCGCCGCCUCGGCUGCCAUCCAGGACACGGCAGGGAUAAGCGCGGCACGGGACCUGCCGGCCACCAUGUCAGGAGACUAUGAGGAUGACCUCUGCCGGCGGGCGCUCAUCCUGGUCUCGGACCUCUGUGCGCGGGUCCGAGAUGCCGACACCAGUGACAGGUGCCAGGAGUUCAACGACCUGCGGAUCCGAGGCUAUCCCCGGGGCCCAGAUGCAGACAUCUCCGUGAGCCUGCUGUCGGUCAUCGUGACGUUCUGUGGCAUUGUCCUCCUGGGCGUCUCCCUCUUCGUGUCCUGGAAGUUGUGCUGGGUGCCCUGGCGAGACAAGGGUGGCUCGGCAGUGGGCGGUGGCCCCCUGCGCAAAGACCUAGGCCCUGGGGUCGGGCUGGCAGGCCUGGUAGGCGGCGGUGGGCACCACCUGGGGGCUGGCCUGGGUGGCCAUCCUCUGCUGGGGGGCCCACACCAUCAUGCCCACACCGCCCACCAUCCGCCCUUCGCUGAGCUGCUGGAGCCAGGCAGCCUAGGGGGCUCAGACACCCCUGAGCCCUCCUACUUGGACAUGGACUCGUAUCCAGAGGCUGCAGCCGCCGCCGUAGCUGCUGGGGUCAAACCGAGUCAGACAUCUCCUGAGCUGCCCUCAGAGAGCGGUGCAGGCUCUGGGCUGCUCCUGCUUCCCCCCAGUGGUGGGGGCUUGCCCAGCGCCCAGUCGCAUCAGCAGGUCACAAGCCUGGCGCCCACCACCAGGUACCCGGCCCUGCCCCGGCCCCUCACCCAGCAGACCCUGACCCCCCAGCCCGACCCGGGCAGUGAGGAGCGGCCGCCCACCCUCCCCUUGCCCCUGCCGGGCGGCGAGGAAAAGGCCAAGCUCAUCGGGCAGAUCAAGCCGGAGCUGUACCAGGGGACGGGGCCCGGCGGCCGGCGGGGCGGCGGGGGCCCGGGCUCCGGAGAGGCGGGCGCGGGGGCGCCGUGCGGCCGCAUCAGCUUCGCCCUGCGGUACCUCUACGGCUCCGACCAGCUGGUGGUGCGCAUCCUGCAGGCCCUGGACCUCCCGGCCAAGGACUCCAACGGCUUCUCGGACCCCUACGUCAAGAUCUACCUGCUGCCCGACCGCAAGAAAAAGUUCCAGACCAAGGUGCACAGGAAGACGCUGAACCCCGUGUUCAAUGAGACCUUUCAGUUCUCCGUGCCCCUGGCCGAGCUGGCCCAGCGCAAACUGCACUUCAGCGUCUAUGACUUCGACCGCUUCUCGCGGCACGACCUCAUCGGCCAGGUGGUGCUGGACAACCUCCUGGAGCUGGCCGAGCAGCCCCCGGACCGUCCGCUGUGGAGGGACAUCGUGGAGGGCAGUUCGGAGAAGGCAGAUCUCGGGGAGCUCAACUUCUCACUCUGCUACCUCCCCACCGCCGGGCGCCUCACCGUCACCAUUAUCAAGGCCUCCAACCUCAAAGCCAUGGACCUCACCGGCUUCUCGGACCCCUACGUGAAGGCCUCUCUGAUCAGCGAGGGGCGGCGUCUGAAGAAGCGGAAAACUUCCAUCAAGAAGAACACGCUGAACCCCACGUACAACGAGGCGCUCGUGUUCGACGUGGCCCCCGAGAGCGUGGAGAACGUGGGGCUCAGCAUCGCGGUCGUGGACUACGACUGCAUCGGACACAACGAAGUGAUCGGUGUGUGCCGCGUGGGCCCCGACGCCGCCGACCCCCACGGCCGCGAGCACUGGGCCGAGAUGCUGGCCAACCCCCGCAAGCCGGUGGAGCACUGGCACCAGCUGGUGGAGGAAAAGACUCUGACCAGCUUCACAAAAGGCAGCAAAGGAUUGUCGGAGAAAGAGAACUCAGAGUGA